UUUAUUUAAAUAAUCAUCUAUAAAUCACCGCUGAUCUUCUUCUCCAGUGAGCUAUUUCCUUUUUCACAGUUGUCCAGCAGCCAUGGUUUCUCUAGAAGAUUCUCACUCACACUCUCACUCUCGAAUCAACACCAAUUUUACUUCCCGCUACACCGAAUCGCGGCCGUGCUACUACUACACCCCGCCGCCGUCCUCGGCCAAAAUCAGCCGCUCCUUCGGCCGGUCCAUGCGCACCAUACGGUCCAACAUCUUCCAACCCGAUCAAUCCGUCGAGAAACCGAUUAACGAGUCGGAAAACCUCACCGACUCGUUCGUCGACCUCCGCCUCGGUGAGCUCGCCAACAAAUCGUCGGGUAAUUCGAAAAGCCUUUCCUCCGCCGAAAUCGACGAUAUAUUGGACACCUCACGCGCCUUCAGCGAUUUCUCCGCGUGCUCCAGCGAUAUUUCAGGAGAGCUCCGGCGUCUCGCCACUCUCCCCGAGUCAGCACCGAGUCAGGGUUUGAACUCUGAUCUCGACUCAGAAACGUGUGCAGGUUUUCUACAGAGGGAAGCGUUUUCGUCGGAGAUAAUCGAGAGCAUCUCACCUGAAGACCUCCACCCAACCGUGAAACUCUGCGUCGACGGUCUGCAAUCGCCGUCGAUCGCGCUGAAAAGAUCCGCCGCCGCCAAAUUACGUCUGCUGGCGAAAAAUCGAGCCGACAAUCGGGCCUUAAUCGGAGAAAUCGGAGCAGUACCCGCCCUAAUUCCCCUCCUCCGUUGCCCCGACCCGACGACCCAGGAGCACGCAGUCACCGCCCUCCUCAAUCUCUCCCUCCACGAAACCAACAAACUCCUAAUCAUGAGGCCCGCCACCGCCGCCACCGCCGUGAAAUCCCUAAUCUACGUAUUGAAAACCGGCACCGACACCUCCAAGCAGAACGCCGCCUGCGCACUCCUCAGCCUAUCCUCCACCGACGACAACAAAUUAUCCAUCGGCGCGUGUGGUGCAAUCCCCCCACUAAUCGCACUUCUCAUAAACGGAUCCAACCGAGGCAAAAAAGACGCACUCACUACUCUCUACAAGCUCUGCUCGGUGAACCUCAACAAGGAGAGAGCGGUGAGCGCCGGCGCAGCAAGACCGCUCGUGGGGCUGGUCGGAGAACAGGGCACCGGACUUGCGGAGAAGGCCAUGGUGGUGCUGAGUAGCUUAGCCGGAAUCGAAAUCGGGGCCGAGGCUAUCGUCGAAGAAGGCGGGAUCGGCGCUUUCGUGGAAGCCAUCGAAGAUGGCAGUAAUAAAGGGAAAGAGUUUGCAGUUUCUGCACUAGUCCAUCUUUGCGCCGAAAGUGUCGCGAACAGAGGAUUGCUCGUUCGUGAAGGCGCGAUUCCGCCAUUGGUCGCUUUGUCGCAAACCGGAACGGCCAAAGCUAAGCAUAAGGCGGAAACACUACUGAGGUACUUGAGAGAAUCAAGACAAGAAGGAUCGUCUUCAACUCCAUAAAAGGUGUGAUUCUAUUUUUGAGGGUUUCUAUGAUUUUGAGCUUGUUUGUGUAGUAAUGGUUUGGCUUGUCUGUAUAUAGCAACAACAACUGUGUUAAUGGCUUUGUAUAAAGUGUUUCAUUUUUUUUUUUUUACAUAAUUUUGAGAGUUUUUAGAUAAACAAGAAAGUGUAGAAAUAUUUAGAAGCUAAGCUAAGAAAAUAAGCAGCUGACCUUUUAGUUGUAAUUUGGUUGACUGGGUUUUUUUUCAUUAGGCUUUGUUUUGGGGGUUAUGAUCAUCUUUAAUUUGUUGAUGAAGAAACCCUAAUUCUUUAUUAUUAGAGUUUUUUGUUUGA